GUUCGUUUGGCACUGGUGUGUGGAAUAGUGCGUUGAUCAUUGUUUUGCGGUGUAAUUAAAUAUUGAGCGGUUGCGAUUUAUGAAGAGAGGAAGAUGUCGGAUAACGAGUUGUUGAAAAACAUAAACCCAGUUGAUGCCAUUAUCGAGCCUGGUCAAUUGCUCCUAGAAGAAAAACCAUUACUUAUAAUCACAGAAUGGAACAAUCAACAGAUGAAAUGUUUCAAUUGUCUGAAGACUUCAUUUGUUAUGUGCACGAAAUGUCGUAUUGUACCGCUUUGUUUAUUUUGUACCACUCAUGAUCAGUUCGAAUGUGAUUUUCUUCGUAAAGCGUUAGACGAAGGUAUUUCCAAGGAUAUGUUGGUAAAAAAUUAUGGUACAUUUCCACUACUUAAAUUGUUAUUGUUAAUGGAGAAUCCAACCAAAAAACAAUAUUGUGAAAAAUUUUUAAAGCAAUCAGUUCAAUUAAGUGACUACCAAAUGGACGAUUUACGUAAAGAUUAUGAGGAAAGUGUCAUACAACCUUUUUUGUCAACCGGUUUUUUGAAUAAAUUAACGAGUAUUGGUGAAAAAAUUGAGGACGAUCUAUAUAAACUCUGUAUUCUAAUAGAUCGAAACAGUAUUCCUGUUUUUGCUUCUGAUGAUAGUAUAUUGAAAUGCAUCUAUCAGAAUAUAGGAGACAUUGAGAGUAGUUGCAUUCCAAAUGGUGCAAUAACAGUAGAUGAUGCAUUUAAUCUAAGGAUUUUUGCAACUGUGAAAAUAUUUCCUGGGAGUAAAGUAUCUGUAUCAAAUGCCAACCCAUUAAUGGAUACACAUGAGCGCCAACUUUUUUACCACAGUAAACGACUUUUUUGUACCUGUGAAAGAUGCAGGGAUCCAACAGAGCUCAAUACGUAUAUUAAUGCGAUCAAGUGUACAAGUUGUGAAGAGGGAUACAUGACUUUUGCACUAGGAGACACUCUAUGGAAGUGUGAAUUAUGCGGUGCAAAUUCCUCCAUAUCUGAUAUAGCUGCUUUAAAAAGUAAUAUUGAAGAUGAAAUAAAUGGAGCAACUGGUGAUAUGGUAACAUUGGAAUCUCUGUUACAAAAAUACUCUAAGAUAUUGCACACUAAUCAUUUUCUAUUGAUUCGUAUAAAGCACAAUAUUCUAAUGAUUUUAAAUGAAAUUUUAUUUCAUAAAAAAGCUGAAGAACUUAAAGAACGUAAAAUUCAAUUACACGAAGAAAUCUUGCCUCUUGUACGUUUACUCUCGCCUGGUAUAUCGAAGCUAUAUGCUUUCGAAUUGCAUGAUUACCUUUCAAGUUUCAUACAGUUAGAUCGAAAUUAUAUACACAAGGAUAUCGUACCUGAUAAGAAAAAUGCAUACAAAAUUUUAAACAUAAUGGAAGAAGUUUGUAAAAAUUUGGCUUACGAACUACCGAAUACCCAGGAAGGUGUAUUGCUCCAACAACUGCUAAGUUUAAAAAAAACAGUGGAAGCUCAAGUAAAUAGUUCGAAGUAGAAGAAGAUGUUUUUUUUGUGAAGUUUCCUAAGUACUUCCAAAAUAGGUUGCUGUCAUCUAUCCAAAAAUGGAGGUUUAAGUGUUGUAGGAACGAUACUAAUAAUAGUUAGCACCUAUAAAAAUGAUAAAAAUUACUAAUACCUUAUAUAAUAAUUAUUAUAAAAAUAUGAAUGUCUUUUGAGAAUAUUUAUUCGCAUUUAACAAUG